AUGGCGGUGUUCAGUGACCUUGACGGGCUCGCGGUGCAGCGCAUCGUUCACUUUCUCGAGGUGUGUGAGCUCGCACGUGCGGCGUGCGCUAGCCAUGACCUCAGCACGUUCUGUGCCGCGGAAACGGAGGCACGCGCGCGUGCUCGAAUUAAGCUGUCGUGGUACGGCAGCACUGGCCUAUCUGCACAGGAGGCAUGCAAUGAGCUGCUGCCUGAAGUCGAGAAGCCAGGGUAUUGCGUCGAACGACCGUAUUCGACCUCCGACCUGCUGGCGCUCGCAGCGCAGUACGCAGGUGGCUGGGGCCGGCUGCUUGCACGCCGUGACGGCGCCGCCAUCAGUGUCCAGCAAACGCCGGUAGCUGGGCCAGUUCCAACCGUCGAUGCGUGCCUCGUGAUGUGGGACAUCGUCAUGAACGGUCAGGAGAAGGCAGUCUGGAGUGGCCUGGGUCCGCUGAUCGAUGAGCUGGGCGUUGCGUAUCGUACGAACGUGACCGACAUGUCUGGAAAUCCGAUCGAAUGUGACAUCUGCAAUCUGGUCCCCUUCGGUUCUCCCGAUUCCCAAGGUCAGGCGCCCUGGUGGGACGCACGCGAGCUGGUCGGUCCACACUAUGACCCCUCCGACUGUGUCAUCAGCACCAACCUCGACGAGCUCGCGGGUACCGGCGUGCGGCACCGUGUCUCGCUUCUUACGCCUGGUGGUGAGAAGCCUGUUUACCUGAGCCUCGAGAUGAGCCGCUACUUCAAGCCUUGCUUCGACGCGGUUACAGCGCCUGGAUUUCAUGACGUUGGUGGAUAUUCUGCCGGUAUCUUAUGCAGCAGCUACGCGAGGCGAUUGAAGAUUUUCAUGAGGCUGCAGAUCCUGAUGGGCCAGGCGGGGGGCUCGCGGCCGGACAAUUUCUUCCUUUUCGGCUGUAAUACCAGCGUUGAGCUCUUUUCGAGGAUCCACUUGCCAACUCGAGCGGUGCGUUACAUGAUCGUGAUCUCUUUUGACGACGAGAUGUGGCAGUGUGUGCUCGACAACUGCAAUCCGGCUGAUGGGCAGCCUUGGCCGUCUUCAGAGGAUGACGACGAGUGA